CACUUUUUGGUCCUUUGAAUACUUUUUGAUAUCAUUUCCAUCCCCUUUUACUUUAAGCUAGCACUUUAGUUUCACUCUCACGGAAACUCCAGUUGUCGAUCCCAUGCUUCUCUGCUCACUUAUACAUGGCUUCUGGUUUGAGCUCCAGUGGGUUGACUCUGCUUCAUUCUUGAAGUACUGACUCGUGCACCUCUUUUAAUCUAAACUUACUGAAAUCUGAUUCUUCCAGUUUUCCCCGUCCAUCCCCCCAAAAAAAGUGUUGAAUAUUUAAUAGUAGUCUCAAUGAGAGAGGGCCCAGCUACAUCUUCACUCUGAAGCUUCCUCUCCUUCACAUUUAAUCAGCUUCCUCCUUAACAGUGGGCAAAUACCUAUACAACACCCUUCUAAUUGCUUGCACUUGUUCUAAGUUGCAGCCAGGUGAGCGCUUUUUGCUCCUCUCCAAUCUUUCCCAUCUUUGUGUCAAUAAUUUUUCUUUGUUUAAAGAGAAUUCCCCUGGCCGAAUGAGUCUCCACUUCAUCUUAUUACGCUUGUUUGCCCCUUUAUAUGUUGCUUCUGCCUUGAGUUCCGAUGGGUUGACUCUAUUGUCUCUGCUCAUCCACUGGACUUCUGCGCCUCCUUCCUUAAAGUCAAGCUGGAAGUCCUCUGAUUCCACCCCUUUCUUAUGGACAGGAAUGGAAUGCGACCGUUACAGCAAUGUGGUUUACCUAAACCUCACUGCAUACCGGAUUUUUGGUCAACUAGGAGCAGAAAUUGUUCAGUUGGCUCACUUGCAGAACCUUUUAUUGGCCAAAAAUGGGUUCUCAGGAAGGAUACCGCCUGAGUUAGGCAAUUGCAGUUUGCUAAAGUAUAUAGAUCUUUCUGAGAACCAUUUUUCUGGAAAUAUACCUCCAGAAAUUGGUAACUGCAAAUCUGUGAAGUCGUUACAUUUUUAUUCCAAUCAACUAGAGGGAGCCAUUCCAAAUGAAUUGAGAAGACUGUGCAAACUAGAGGACCUUGAAUUGUAUUAUAAUCAUUUGACCGGUGAAAUUCCACUUACCAUUGGGAAGAUUCAAAGUCUUAAGCAUAUCCUUCUUCAUAACAAUAGCCUUUUUGGGAAAUUACCUUCAGAGCUGACAGAGCUUAAGCAUAUGGAAAAUAUCUCAUUGUUUGACAACCAAUUCUUUGGAUCAAAACCUCAAGGCUUGGGAAUCAAUAGCAGUUUGGUGAAGUUGGACUUGAUGAAUAAUAAGUUCACUGGUAACAUCCCUCCAAAUCUUUGUUUUGGAAAGAAAUUACGCCCACUAAAUUUAGGUUUUAAUAGACUCCAAGGGGGCAUACCUCAUGAUAUUGGAAAAUGUGCGACUCUUAGGAGGUUGGUUCUCAAUGAAAAUAAUCUUUCUGGAUCUAUUCCUGAAUUUGAAGGCAAUCAGAAUCUCAUAUAUAUGGACAUCAGUAAGAACAAUAUUACUGGAACAAUUCCAUCAAGUUUAGGGAACUGCACAAAUCUCACUGCUUUAAUUUUGUCCGCGAACAACAUUACUGGGCCUAUACCCUCAGAGCUAGGAAACCUUUUCCACCUUCAGGCUUUGAACCUUGCUCACAACAACCUAGAAGGUCCUUUGCCAAGGCAACUAUCAUACUGUACCAAAAUGGAGACAUUUGAUGUGGGAUUCAAUCUUCUUAAUGGUUCAUUCCCGCCAAACUUGAGGAGUUGGGGAAGACUAACCAAAUUAACUUUAAGGGAGAAUUGCUUUAGUGGCGUUAUCCCAUCUUUCUUCUCAGAAUAUGUCCAGCUUCUCGAGCUACAACUGGGAGGAAAUAUGUUUGGAGGAAAAAUUCCAACAUCAAUGGGAUCAUUGCAGAAUCUCUUGUAUGGAUUGAAUCUGAGUGCUAACAAAUUAACAGAAGUCAAUAUAUCACAAAACUCCUUUGUCGGUGCUUUGCCAGAGUGGAAAAUGCAACAUCUGAAUUUGCUGCCAUUAUCAUUCAUGGGAAACCCUGGUCUGUGUGUCCGUUGUUCAACCUCAAAUGCCUCCACUUGCAAAUCUAGCUUCUUCAAACCAUGUGUUCCUGAAUCAACUGAUCACAAAGGCAGUAAACGUUCAAUCUUAUUUAUAGUACUUGGAUUUGUAGUGUUUAUCAUUUGCCUGUUGGUAAUACUACUGAUUUAUGACCACCAUUGCGGCCGACGAUCUCAGGAGAAGGUCUUUGGCCAAGAACCUGAGGACUUCGAUCCUUAUUUUCGUGAGCGAGUUUUUUCCAUCAACGAUGUUGGCCAUUGAUCUAUGUU